CAUUUUGUUGGUGCCCGAAUGUGCUUAAUUAAGAUGGCGUCGUAGGGAGGACUAGGGCUGAAGGUGGCUUGGCGAGGGAGGAAGGGGGAGCCCUGGUUGCUAGGUUACCACAGCAACCAGCCCCCCUUGCAGGCCUUAUAUAUUCCCCCUCACAGAUAUAUUUAUAUAUUAAGCUAUAUCUAUAUCUAUAUAUAGAUAUAUUAUAUAAAGACUUUUUGAACUAUUUGGAGAGGGAUGUGAGGGCCUGGUGGAGCCAUUGUUUGUCCAUGGGGCAAAGGUGGCCACCAUAGACCCUUGGCACCAUCAUCAAGUUUAUUAUUAUUAUUAUUAUUAGCUUAUUAUUAUUAUCAUGGAUUUGCGCUUGGCUGUCUAUAAUGCCGCCCGAGAAGGGAAACUGAAGCUCCUCCAGAAGCUGCUGGGAAGCCGGAGCCGUGAGGAACUCGAGGAACUGACCGCAGGCCCUGGCGGAGGAGAAGGAGCCGGAGGCACCCCGCUCUUGAUCGCCUCCCGCCACGGCCACCAGGACGUAGUGGAAUACCUCUUGGACCACUGCGGCGCUUGGGUGGACGUGGGCGGCUCGGUCAACUUCGACGGAGAGACCAUCGAGGGAGCUCCCCCUUUGUGGGCCGCCUCGGCCGCGGGCCACUUGGACGUGGUCCGCAGCCUGCUGGAGCGCGGGGCCUGCGUAAACCAGACCACGCUGACCAACUCGACCCCACUGCGGGCGGCCUGCUUCGAUGGGCACCUGGAGAUCGUGCGCUACCUGGUCGGCGAGCGAGGGGCCGACCUGGAGGUGGCCAACCGCCACGGCCACACAUGCCUCAUGAUCUCCUGCUACAAGGGCCACUCGGAGAUCGCCCGCUACCUUCUGGAACGAGGGGCCGACGUCAACCGGCGCAGCGUGAAAGGCAACACCGCCCUGCACGACUGUGCCGAGUCGGGGAGCCUGGAGAUCCUGCGGCUGCUCUUGGAGUCCAACGCCCGCAUGGAGAAAGAUGGCUACGGGAUGACGCCGUUGCUCGCGGCUAGCGUGACCGGGCACACCAAUAUUGUGGAAUACCUCAUCGAAGGCGCGCUGGAGGAACCGACAGAGGUGGAGCACGAGGCCACGCAGGAAGCGAGCGAGGCUGAUUGCAACGGGCUGGAGCGCGAGGAAGAACCUGAUGGUGCAUGCGAAAACCGACCCCGUGUUUACUGCACCCGGGAGGCGGCUGUGGAAGCGCUGGAGCUCCUGGGCGCCACCUUUGUGGACAAGAAACGGGACUUGCUGGGGGCUCUCAAGCACUGGCGGAGAGCCAUGGAGCUGCGGCACCAAGGUGGGCAAUACCUCUCCAAGCCUGAACCCCGGCAGUUGGUUCUGGCAUAUGACUACACGCGGGAAGUGAGCACCGCGAAGGAGCUGGAGGCUUUGGUGACCGAUCCGGAUGAAAUGCGGAUGCAGGCGCUUUUAAUCCGGGAACGUAUCCUCGGCCCGUCCCACCCAGACACUUCUUAUUACAUCCGUUACCGGGGCGCCGUCUAUGCCGAUUCGGGCAACUUUGAGCGCUGCAUCAACCUGUGGAAGUACGCCUUGGAAAUGCAGCAAGGCAACCUGGAGCCCUUGAGCCCCAUGACUGCAAGUAGCUUCCUCUCUUUUGCCGAACUGUUCUCUUACGUGCUUCAGGACCGUUCGAAAGGCACCUUGGCCACCCAGCUGGGGUUCUCCGACCUCAUGGUAGUGCUGAGCAAAGGGGUCCGUGAGGUCGAGCGGGCACUGCUCCAUCGGAAAGACCCCAUCGCAGAUUGCACCCAGUUCACCAAAGCUCUCGCCAUCAUCCUCCACCUGGCUUUCCUCUUGGAGAAAGUGGAGUGUAGCCCAGAACAAGAACACCAGAAGCGUCAGACCAUCUACCGCUUGUUGAAAUGCAACCCCCGGGGCAAGAAUGGGUUCACCCCUUUACACAUGGCGGUGGAUAAAGACACUACCACUGUCGGCCGCUACCCGGUGGGGAAAUUCCCAUCCCUCCACGUGGUGAACCUCCUCCUGGAAUGCGGAGCCGACCCAGAUGGCCGCGACUACGACAACAACACCCCGCUACAUGUGGCCGCGCGGAACAACUGCCCGCUCAUCAUGAGUGCCCUUGUGGAAGCCGGAGCCCAUAUGGAUGCCACCAACGCCUACAAGCAGACGGCUUACGAGCUCCUGGACGAGAAGCUGCUCACCAAGGCAAUGAUGCAGCCUUUCAAUUACAUCACCUUACAGUGCCUUGCUGCCCGAGCCCUGGAUAAACACAAGAUACCCUACAAGGGCUUCAUCCCAGAAGAACUAGAAGCCUUCAUUGAACUCCAUUAAAGAGUCUCUCCGAUGGGAGAGGGUGGUGUGGCGGACUCUUAAAAAUCUUCCUGUGAUCCGAAUUUUAAAAGCUUUCAUUUGCACUGGGCCAGAUGAUAAUGUUUUUCUCUCCGGUCCCACUGUCAGAGUAGGAGGUCUUUAAGGUCUCCUUCAGACUGGCACUUUGAGACCGCUUGAACUGCCAUGGCUGCAACUUGCGGGCUCCUGGGAUUUGUAGUUUGGUGAGCAGGGUUGUCUGGUUUAAACCAAGUUUGUUUAAACUAUGGUUUAAACCAAGUUGGCUUAAAAUAACCAAAAUAUUUCUUUUUUAAAAAUGAUUUUUCAAAAAUUGAUUAUUCACACACACACAAAACAUUUUUAAAAAGUUUAAAAAGAGCACUUUAUUUUUAGAACAAUUAUUCUUUAUGCUCGUGGUCAUAACAUCUUAGCUGCAUUUUACUACUUAACUUUCUGAUUUAGUCCUAUGUUGGAGUAAAAAAGAGGGAGAGCGUUUGUUUAUUUUAAAGAAAACCUGCCCCCCCCCCAACCCUAUUAGUGAGGCACUGGAGCUCCCUAAUGGGGAAUUUUAAGUAAGUCACCAAACUACAAAUCCCAGGAUUUAAUUGGAACAGCCAUGGGAGUUAAAGCAGUUAUCAAAGUGCUACCGUUGCUUCGAGUCAAGGAGACCUAAACCUCUGUCACUGUCUUUACCUGCUGUGAGGUUGGCACCAAUAUCUGCCAUGCUGGGGCUACUGCCAAGGUCCUGGGGGGGUUGCACAUAGCUGUUGUAUUUCCCUGCUUAAAUUCUUCUGACACUUAUAUCAAGCCAGCUUUUUUAAUGCUUCCCACAGCACCUUGUGCUCUAGGGUUUUUAUUGGGAUGCUGUGUGGACAUGCAAAGGGUGGUCUUCCAAUCUAGUUGCCCAGCAGACAGCUGUUUUAAGUCCAGUAGGGCCUAGUGACAUUUGCCCAUGGCCCCAUUUGAACCUCUCUCUCUUCCUCCUUCCCUUUCGCUCCUUAGUUGGCAAGCUUCUGUGUCAACCAGCGUUGAAAGCCGUGGGGUGCGAUGGGGAAGCUGGUCAGCAUUGAUAGGCACGGCCCCUCUUUGCCAACUAAUUCCUUUAGGAAAACACAGGACACUAGCUCUUCAUUUGGUCCACUUUGGAAAUUCAGCUUGCCUCGCUAAGUUUGGAGCUGCUGCUGCUGCCGCCUUUGCACCCUUCCAUCCCCAAAAUAUAGGAAUGCAAAUGAGGAUUUCAGAGGCAACCUCUCAAGCAGUCUUAAGUUGCCUCCUCUUUCUUUGCUCAGCCCCGUAGUAAAUAUGCCAGAGGGAAUGAGUGGGUUGUCUGAUGCUUGGCGGAAAUUUAUUUACGUUGCUGCUUAGCGGAGUGCGGUGGUGGUUUGCGUUCUGGGUUUGAGUUCUUCAUUUGGAAUGGCGAAAUAGCAGCAUCUGCUAAGGUUUAGCUGGCUGUUUUAAAGGCUGUGGCUGACAGGGGUGUUGUUUGCUUUUAACUCCCUUUCCCUCCGCCAACUGGGCACUGCGCUUAUGGGUGGCAAAAGCCCCUGCCCCAUCCCAGAUUUGGUUACUCCUAGGCUGUUUAGUUUGAUUGUGGACUUCUUUUCCUUUGUAUAGCUACUCAUAAGGAAUGGGGAGUCUGACUCUUGAAGUCUCAGACAAGAAUACAAACAAGAAGCCCAUCAUGUUUGUAGGGUUGUGUGUGUAGUUUUUGGGAAGCAAUUGUGCUGUGUGGGCUGACCCGGUUUGUGACCACCAAGGCUGCACAGAGGCUGCUAGUUGUAGGAUUUGGUUUGCCAGGGGCUUAAAUCCGCACGCACACACACACACACACACUCCCAGUAAAUAAGGGAUCACUGUUUUAUGGAUUUUGGAGGAUGCUGUACUUUGCUAUAUGGCCAUCAUGGACACCCCUAGAUACACUCCAGCAGGGUUCCCUUUCCUCUUCUGGCUUUUCCAUUGGAAGCAGGUUCCUAGUGAGGUUUUUGGGGGCGUUUUCGGGCUGUGUGGCUGCAUUCUGGAAAAAUUUAUUCCUGCGUUUUGCCUGCAGCUGUGGCUGGCAUCUUCAGAGGGCGGUGGCAUGGAAGUGUGUGGGGUAUAAUAUACCUGUGGGACCCUUGCUUAAGAGGAGGUGGGUUUUUUUAUAUGUCCCACGGGUGUACAAGGAUCCCACAGGUAUAUAUAUUCCACACACUUCUAUGCCACCACCCUCUGAAGAUGCCAGCUAGAGUUUCAGGUGAAACAUCAGGAAUAAAUUCUUCCAGAACACUGCCACACAGCCUGAAAAACCCACAGAAAACUAUGGAUGCCAGCUGUGGAAGCCUUUGACUUCACAUUCCCAGUGAGUUGUUAUGGUAGGCCUCAGUUUCUGUGAUCCAAGACUCUUUCCCCGUGUGUGUGUAUGUUUCAACUGUCAGCUUAUGGCAACCUCAUAGGGUCAUCUUAGGCAAGGAAUACUCAGGUUUUACCAGUUCCUUCCUCUGAAAUACAACCUAUAGCACCUGGUAUUCGUUGGCAGUCUCCCGUCCAAGUAUUAACCAGAGCUGACCCCGCUCAGCUUCCAAGAUCAGACGGGAUAUGUUGCCUUUAGAGUACUUAUGUAGCCUAGAGAGGUUCCUAACUAGGUACUUGGCAGAGAUCAUGGUUUUAAGGAACAGCUGCACUUCUCUAAGUACACACACAAGUGCGUGUUUUCAUAUGCACAAACACACACUGCAAGCCCAGCCAGCUUUUGCGGAUGACGGAAGAGUCACCACCGGGCUUGAGUUCUUGUCUCUUGAAUUUAUUCUCGUUUUAACCUUGUUCUGAGAUCUGCAGAGAGAAAAGUCAGGGGCAGAGAGAGGGCUGUACUUGGAAAUGGACCUGUGUCUUAAAAUGGAAAGCCGGACUGAAGCGUGCAAGCAGAAGGAGCGUUGCGGAGUAGAUUUUAAUAUGGAUUUGGGGUGCAUGUGGUCGAUAGAGGAGUUCCAGCAUUGGGACGUGUAGGGCCAAAUCCCAGCAGACUGGCCGCCUGCUUUGAAGAGUGGGGAAAGAAAGAGAUAGGUUGUACUGCAAAUGACUAGCAAUGUUUGGGGAGUCUGCUACUAGCAUGUGUAACAUCUGGCCACGAAGGGGCACCUCUGCGCUUGGCGUUCUUGGCUUUCCUAUCAGUGGGCCGCAAAAGUUGCUCAGCCCAUCUGCCAUCUCAGCCCCAGCUAGGACUCGUAUUUGCCAGAGGUAAGAAAAGGUCAGUGGUGUUACACCGUCGGCUAAAGACCUUUCAGUCCAGUGAGAUUUUCCAGUUAGCUCAAGAAUGGCAAACAGUGGACCUCUUGUUGGUUUGGCCUAUGCCUCCCAUCAGCUCCAGUAGAGCCGGUGACAAAGGAUUGUGGGUGUUGCAGGCCAAAACAUUCGGAGGGCCAAAGGUCCCCCUCCCCUGAACUAGCCUUGUAGUUGUUGAAAAUCUUCCCCAAGUUGGGUUCAGAGGGCAGAUUCAGAUGACUGCUUUAUCUCCCAGCAUGCCCUGCCUUUUGCUGUUACGUGGUGGGUAUUAAAUGUACAGGUUCGUCCAGAAAUAGAUUCUCCCAAGCCAAUGCUUCUGGGAAUAUCUUAUCUUUCAAUGUUUACCCAAUGACCGUGGACUGUGGAAUCCUUCUCUUGCUAAAACUCCCGUUCUGUGUUACCUCCCAACUCGUUCUAGACUGGCGAUAACAAAGCCUUUAACUAGAAUCCACCUCUUUAGUUCUUAGUGGUUUUCAGGUUUAGAAGGAAAGCAUCGAAUUAGUCGAACGAGGAGAUAUUUAAAAAAUAGUCUCGCUCUCGCUCUCCCCGGCCCCCCCAAAAUUGCCUGCUAAGUGUAGUGUGAAUUGGAAGCUGCGCAGAAAAUUUGGAAUACCUGGAUUGCUCAGAAUAUUAGCACAUUAAAACCUGUAGGGAAAAGAAGGGUGAUUUGCGGGAAAUUCCCCAAAUACUGGAAAGUUUUGUGGGUGAACAUAAGCAGAGACCUCACUACACCUCGGGAUGGGGUGCGCCUACACUGUAGAAAUGAUACCGUUUGACACUGCUUUAAUUGUCAUGGGGCCAUCCUACAGGGUCCUGGGAUUUGUUGUUCGGAAAGGCACCAGCAUCUUUGGCAGAGAAGGCUAAAGACUUUGCAA